AUGACUGAGCUGGGAGGAAGUUAUUAAUGUCUCGGAAGACGAAUGUGUUUAUUGAUCGUGGGCACUAAAGGGCUGUGUACUGUUGUUCCUUAGUAAAGACAAGGAGCUGGCUACCAAACGCUGCACAUUAAUCUUGGAUCCUGGUUAUAUGAGCUGGCACCCAGGAGAGCCAGCGCACAGGAGGCUGUGGCGGGUCGCUAUGGAGGAUUAUUGGUAGUCUAGGUAGAACAUACCGUUUUGCUUCAUUUUCUUGGUAUUCUUUAAUGAAGGACAAGCAAUGCACUACUGGGAGCCAGCUGAACACAUUGAGCUAUUGUGAAAUGAAGACUAUGGCUUCCCCAAAUUCUCCUGUGAACAUGUUCCCAAGAAUCACUACUGUCAACUUUCCUGCAGCAGAUGAGCUGCCUAGGCCGGCCGUCAUUGGCUUAGGUGGGAACUGUGGCUCUUACCCAGACAGCACUACGGCUAUCAAAGAAAUACUGGCAUCUGUUUUAAACCUAUCAAAUGGAAUAAAAUCAAAGAUAAUAAUAAAUACAGACUACCAAGACAGUGAUGAAGAAAAUUCUGAGGACAGUAGCUGCAGUAGUGACUUGGACAACGAUUCAGACUGUGUUCCACUCAUCACCUGUGCCCAAAAUGACAUUCGGUUUAACAGAAGCAAAGCAUCUUGGGAAACCCCACUGUCUGUCUCUCUUAACACAAAGGAACCACCCAUUUCUUUGGGACAUAUGAAAGAUGCACUUAAAACUAGGACUCGGGAUAGUUCACCACAACCAGUUUGUGAAGUCUGCACAGAAGUAGCUCUAACUGGUCCUGUGGUCACCUCACAAAUGAAUUUUCCCCUGACUUGCUUUCAAAGGGACUUGAGAAGGUUUUCUACCCCAAACCUUUCUAACUACAGUUUAAAUUCUGAUGACACCUUGUCAAGAGUCACUUCAGAGGUACUUACAUUGCCCUUACGUGCUGAAACGUCAGACUCUGUAUUGUAUAAAGCUGAAGAUGCCAAAUCUUCUUGCAGGCGAUCACAGUCCUAUUCCAACAUUCAUAAUGCUUCUGAGAAGACAUUAACAGCAAGUACAGAGACCACACUCAAUGCAGCAGAAAAGGUCUUUGAACCAACUGUAAACCUGGAGAAUGAAAACGCACACUUCUUGGUAGCAGAUCUAUUGAUCUCAGUUGUUGAGAAAAUGAAGAGUAGUUUGCAGUGCUCACAGUGGGAGCUGUAUAAUGAAGACUGGUGCGGUUCCCAGCACUUGCAGGACAAUGCUGACAGAGGUCACGUACAGCGCUUCCAAUGGGAUCAGUGCGAUAUGGGUCAUAUUCCGCCUACUACCUCGGAGCAGUGGAAUGGAGGUGGAGGCACUGCGUAUCGGCAGUGGUGUAAACAAGACCAUGUGGCUAUUCCCAUUGCCAGACACAAAAAUUAUUCAGAAUCGGCAGCUUCUGUUGACAGUGGCUAUGAAGGUUUAGCAGCAAUGCAGCAAAAUUCCCCUACAGACCCCAUCGUGGGAGAAAAUCUUUCUAAGGAUUCCGCUGUAUCUGAAGACGAUGAUUUUGAUGAGUUUGUUAUUAUUGAACUAGAAGAUUAUGAAAGGAUUAACAACUCUAACACACCUCAAUCCUGCAAAAUGCAUGAAAGGACUCUCACACAGGCCUCAAACUCAGCUGAACAAAUUGCCAAAAAGCUUUACAAAGCUUUCAGAACACAAUGGCUCCAGACUGACGUUCCGAUUUCCACCUGGCCAAGCAUAAGUAUUGAGCAAAUAAUUAAAAAUGCCAUUCCAGAGGAAUUUGAGUCAAGUUUGUGUUUAUUGAAUGAAAUAAAAAAGUUCAAAAUGAAAGAAGCUUCAGACUGGUCUCCGCUUCGAUUCCAGGUUAUAAGCACCUUACACCAUCCCCUCAAGAGAGAUGCUGUUAUAGCUGCGCAGCAUUAUGUUUGUGCUGGCUGCGGUACCCAAGUAGAGCCAAGAUAUACCAGUAGAUUGCGUUACUGUGAUUAUUUUGGAAAGUAUUUCUGUGAUUGCUGUCACAGCUAUGCAGAAAGUUCCAUCCCUGCUCGGAUUAUACUCAAGUGGAACUUUAGCAAAUACUACGUCAGCAACUUUGCUAAAACUCUCUUGGACAGUAUAUGGCAAAGCCACAAGUUCAACGUGAAAUCUGAGAACUCGGAAUUGUAUAAAAAAGCGAGAGAUCUAAAUCGAGUCAAGGAACUUCAGGAGCAACUCAUUUAUAUAAAGAGGCUACUAGCUACUUGCAGAUUUGCUGAGAGCGUGCUUAAAGACUUUGAAAAAGUUCCAUCACACUUGACAGAAGAGUUGCAUCACUUCACCUUGAGUGAACUUGUUGGGAUUAAACAAAAUAUGCUCUUGCCGGCUCUCCGUGAGCUUUUGAACACAUCUACAGCCCAUGUGGAUAAAUGUGAGUUGUGCCAAGCCAAAGGAUUUAUCUGUGAGUUUUGUCAUGGUGCUGAUAUCCUUUUCCCCUUCCAGACUGACAUUUGUAGACGAUGUGAAGUUUGCAAAACAUGCUAUCACAAACAAUGUUUCAAGACAGACGACUGCCCAAAGUGUCGUAGAAUCGAGGCGCGAAAAGCAGUGAAAAAUGUGCUUCCAGUCUCUGAAGGCGACGAAGAGGAGUUCAGCCCAUUAGUUCUGUGUUCAGCAUAAUUUUACAAACCUUUGUGUAUAUGUUUUUAAAAUGUACUCAGGGACUUAUUUAAGAAAAGAGUGCUUUUGCAAAGCAAACUCAACUUUGUACAGUUUUUUUUUAUUUUUAUUUUUUUGUUUCUCAUGACGUUUUUAUGUAAAUUUAUAUUUCAAUUGUUUUACUUUGUAAAAAAAAUAGUUUUUCUAGUGCUGUUAAGUUUAACAUAUUCAUUCAGAAAAUGUCCUAAUGCUACAUUGUCUGCAGUCAAGGACUCUCACGGGUAUUUUUUUUGGAAGACGGGGUCUGGUUAGAACACACUCAUUCUUUAUAUAUCAUUUGGUUACAAUUAUUUGAUUGAACAAUAUUAAUCAGACUCAUGCACUGAAACUGGUAUUGUCACUUUGCCAUUGUAAUUGUUUACAGUUUUGUUUUUUAUUCAUUUUUGUAAGUUCUUUAGGAACUGACAUUUUUAUUUAAAUGCGACUUUAUGAAUACGAAAUAUGACUUUGCUAACACAUGGGUGAUGCACAAUCAACUGGUGUAACUUUUAUGGAGGUAUCAUUAAUGCCUGGCAUUUUAACCCCUCUACUUAAGUUUUAAAAUGACAUUUUUCUUUUCCAGCACAAGUUUUCUGCAGACAACAAUUUGAACAAUCAUAUUGGUUUAUAAAAACUUGACCAACAACAUAGUAUGAUAGUUUUACAUUAAAUAUAUAUUGAUCUUUACUGUGGAACAUUUCAUAUUAAAAUCUGGAAAAUUGAACUAA